AACAUCAAAUCAAGCUCACAGCUUUCUGUAGUCACUACAACCAAACAAAAAAACCAAUCAACAAUCAACAUGAAAUUCUUCGCCGUCUGCUUCUUCGCUGUUGUGGCCGUGGCUGCUGCCAAGCCCGGAAUUGUGGCUCCUCUGGCCGCCGCUCCUCUGGCCUACACCGCUCCGGCUGUGGUGGGCAGUGCCGCCUACGUGGCUCCCUACGCCUCCAGCUACACCGCCCACUCGGUGGCCCACAGCGCCGCCUUCCCAGCUGCCUACACCGCCGCCUACACCGCUCCCGUUGCUGCCGCCUAUACCGCUCCAGUUGCCGCUGCGUACGCCGCUCCUGCCGCCUAUACCGCUGCCUACACCGCCCCCAUUGCCCGUUAUGCCGCCACCCCCUUCGCAGCGCCCAUUGCCGCCCCCGUGGCUGCCGCCUACACCGCCCCCAUUGCCGCCGCUGCACCAGUUCUGCUAAAGAAGUAAGAAGUGCGAUUGUGA